AUGGCAUCUUCCGAGGUUGACCAAAAGUUCCUUGGCAAGUUUGCCAAGGCAGAGGAGCAGACGAAUCCACUGCUCUCUUCGAUUCUCUUCAAGAUCCUGGGCCUGUCCAUAAACCUGUCCCAGCACCUGGUCAAGGCGAGGAAGCAGCGCAAGCUGGAGCCCACGAGGCCGACCGAGUCACUGGAUUUCUAUUUCCACAUCAUCUGGCUCGCACGGGAGGGGCUGGUCAUGCUGGAGCAGUAUGUGAUCCCCAUGGUGAACAGGCACAGCGAGCUCAAGGUGCUAGCUUACAAGCUGCGCGCUUCCUUCUACCACAUUUUUGUGCUUUUCCACAACCAGCCACCAGUCUCCUCGCAGUUCAUGCCCACCCCAGGUCCCGCAGCCACUUCUGCCGCUCCCGGGCCGGCGCCAGCAAGGAUCGACAAGGGCAAGGGGAUAGCGAGUGACGAAAGCUCACGCUCGGGGGCCCCUUCCUACUCCCGCGGCGGGCCGGUUGCUCCGCCUCCGGGCUUCGGGCCCGAGGUUGUUGGUGCGUUCCUGCUCCCCGCUGGCGACUACCUUCCACAGGCCCGGAGGUACUUUGAAGAGGCCGUGGCCCUCGCAGAUCAGCAUCUCUGGGGCUCACACUCUCUGCGCUUGUCAGUCAGGACCGAGUACUCGGCCUUCUUGUAUGAGUGUGUCCAUGACGCAGAAGAAAGUCGAAAAGUGGCCCGCAUGACGAUCAACGAGGUCUACGAGGCGACCGAAGGGAUCGACAACGAGAUGUUCAAUGAUGCGUGCGAGCUCGUCACCGUGCUCGGGAGGAUGAUGAAACGCGGACAGUCUGGCUCGGCCAAGGCAUCGAGCCCCGGCGCUUCACAGCAGAAGACAUCGUCGCCAACCAUGCAGCCGGUGACGGCAGCCCAGCAACCGUCCCCGCCUAUUACAGCCGCGCAACCGCAACCGGGCUUCAUCUAG